AUGGCGCCCGCGCUCCCUCUCCCAGGCACCGACGCGUUGCGCCCCUUCACCCUGGAAUCGCUGGCGAAGAUCGAGCGUCUCAAAGCGGAAGUGGAGAAGAAGGCUGCCAAAGAGGAGGAGAAGGAGAAGGAGGCGCCCCACGCCGACCUGGAAGCCGGCAAGAGUCUGCCGUGGAUUUACGGAGACCCUCCAGCUGAGAUGAUCAACAUGCCCCUGGAGGACCUGGACCCCUUCUACAGGGCCCAGAAGACCUUCAUCGUGAUGAGCAAAGGUAACACCAUCUACAGGUUCAACGCGGAGCCGGCGUGCUACCUUCUGAGCCCCUUCAGCCCCGUCAGGAGAGCGGCCAUCAAAAUCCUCAUCCAUUCGUUCAUCAUGAUCACCAUUCUGUCCAACUGUGUCUUCAUGACCAUGAGCAGCCCACCGGCGUGGAGUAAAAAUGUCGAGUACGCUUUUACCGGGAUUUACACCUUCGAGGCCACCGUCAAAAUAUUAUCUCGGGGCUUCUGUAUUGGCUCUUUUACAUUCCUUCGAGAUCCGUGGAACUGGCUGGACUUCAUGGUGAUCAGCAUGGCGUACGUCACAGAGUUUGUUGACCUCGGUAACGUGUCCGCCCUCAGGACGUUCCGUGUGCUUCGAGCCCUCAAAACAAUCACCGUGAUUCCUGGUCUGAAAACCAUUGUGGGCGCGCUGAUCCAGUCCGUGAAGAAAAUGGUGGACGUCAUGGUCCUGACGGUCUUCGCUCUCGCAGUGUUCGCCCUAGUGGGCUUGCAGCUGUUCAUGGGGAACCUGCGGCACAAGUGCGUGCGAUGGCCCAUCCACACUAACGAGACGGCCGACUGGUUCAACGUGACCGCCGCCUUGGAUGACUCUGCGGUUUUUAAUGAGACGGAGGGCGUCAACGGUACCGAUCUCGCCAAUGGUACCUUCAAUUUCCUGGACUACAUCGAGAACUCGGAUAACUACUACUUUCUGGAAGGCAGCAAAGAUCCUUUGGUGUGUGGGAACAGUUCUGACGCCGGACACUGCCCUGAAGGCUACAUCUGCAUGAAGGCUGGGGGAAACCCAAACUAUGGCUACACCAGCCUUGACUCUUUUGGCUGGGCCUUCCUGGCGCUCUUCAGACUCAUGACACAGGACUACUGGGAAAACCUAUUCCAGAUGAUCCUGCGGGCGGCCGGGAAAACGUACAUGCUCUUCUUCGUGGUGGUGAUCUUCCUGGGUUCCUUUUACCUCAUCAACCUCAUCCUGGCUGUGGUGGCCAUGGCAUAUGACGAGCAGAAUCAGGCCACGCAGCGAGAAGCCAGAGAGAAAGAGGAGGAGUUCCAGCGGAUCCUCGAGCAGCUCAAGAGUCAGGAGCAGGUUCAACUCUCUGGGAGUCAAACCUCUCUGAGCAGUAAGAAGUCACUCAGUCGGCCUUUAGCGUCCGAGCAGGCCGAUGACGAGCGUAGCCGCGAACACGACAACUCUAUCAAGGACUGCAAUGGCAAGACGGUCCCCCGCCUCGUCGUCCAAUCACAGACCCGCUCGGAGUCUGCUGCAGAUGCUGAGCCCAAGGAGAAGUCUUUAGGCUCUGUCCACAGCAUGCUUCACGCGGACGACCCGGGCCGGACGCAGCGGCCUUCUAGCGCCAUGGGAGGUACCUUCAUGCUAAUAUCUGCAGAAAGCAGGGAUGUCAACCUGGCUGUGACUUUGCCAGAGCUGGAGGACGCCCACAGGCCGUGCCCGCCGGGCUGGUACAAGUUUGCUGACAUUUUCCUCAAAUGGAACUGCUGCGCUCCGUGGGUGGCCUUCAAAAAGCGUGUGCACUUUGUGGUGAUGGAUCCGUUCGUGGACCUGGGCAUCACCAUUUGCAUCGUGCUCAACACGCUCUUCAUGGCCAUGGAGCACUACCCCAUGACCCCCGAGUUUGAAGACGUUCUGUCUGUGGGGAAUCUGGUUUUCACCGGGAUCUUCACGGCGGAAAUGGUCUUUAAGCUCAUCGCCAUGGAUCCUUACUAUUACUUCCAGGUUGGCUGGAACAUUUUUGACAGCAUCAUCGUCACGCUCAGCCUGGUGGAGUUGGGACUGGCAAACGUCCAGGGUCUCUCGGUCCUGCGUUCCUUCCGUCUGCUUCGUGUCUUCAAGCUGGCCAAGUCCUGGCCCACGCUCAGCAUGCUCAUCAAGAUCAUCGGAAACUCGGUCGGCGCCCUUGGCAACCUGACGUUGGUGCUGGCCAUCAUCGUCUUCAUCUUUGCCGUGGUGGGCAUGCAGCUCUUCGGGAAGAGCUACAAGGACUGCGUGUGCAAGAUCGCCGAGGAUUGCGAGCUUCCACGCUGGCACAUGAACGACUUCUUCCACUCCUUCCUCAUCGUGUUCCGCAUUCUGUGCGGGGAGUGGAUCGAGACCAUGUGGGACUGCAUGGAGGUGGCCGGAGCCGGGAUGUGUCUCAUUGUCUUCAUGAUGGUCAUGGUCAUUGGGAAUCUCGUGGUCCUGAACCUCUUCCUGGCCCUGCUGCUCAGCUCCUUCAGCGGAGACAAUCUCUCCUCGGCGGACGACGACGGCGAGAUGAACAACCUCCAGAUCGCGGUGGGCAGACUCAAGCGGUGCGUCGCUUGGCUCAAGGCGACCUUGGUGGGGGUGCCUCAGAAGAUACUGGGCAAGAAGUCCAAAGAGACCGAGGACGAGGACUCCAACGCCGAGGCCGUGGAGAUGGACUUGGUGGACGGCGUGCUGAAUGUCAAAGUGGCCGACAGAACGUCCAACUGUUUGGUGGAGGGGCGGACUUCCGGCGCCACGGUGGACGGAGAGCUGGGUCUCGGCGCGCCAAUGGCUCUGGCGGAGUCGGACUUUGAAAACCUGGACAGCGACGACGAAAACGUUGACGGCGAGGAAAGGGAGAAUCCCAGACCGAGUCUGCCUGCAUCGAUCAAACUGAUGGGAGCGCUGACGGACUCUGGCGACUGGUCGGUGUGCAGCACGGUGGACUACCAGCCACCUGAGGCGGAGGUGGAAGAGGAGGAGGAGGAGGAGCCUGAGCCUGUGGAGCCUGAAGCCUGCUUCACUGAGAACUGCGUGACGCGCUGGCCCUGUCUCGCCGCCGACCUCAGCACGGUGGCAGGCGGGCGAUGGUGGACGCUGAGGAAGACCUGCUUCGCCAUCGUGGAGCACGACUGGUUCGAAACCUUCAUCAUCUUCAUGAUCCUGCUGAGCAGCGGCGCCCUGGCAUUUGAGGACAUAAACAUCGAACGACGGCGGACCAUCAAAAUCAUCCUGGAGUAUGCCGACAAGAUUUUCACCUUGGUCUUUGUCUUGGAGAUGCUCCUGAAGUGGACCGCGUACGGCUUCAAGACCUACUUCACCAACUCCUGGUGCUGGCUGGACUUCUUCAUCGUGGACAUUUCCCUGAUAAGCUUGGUGGCCAACUGGCUGGGUUUCUCAGACCUGGGGCCCAUCAAAUCCCUGCGGACCCUGAGGGCGCUGAGGCCUCUCCGCGCCCUGUCCAGAUUCGAAGGCAUGAGGGUGGUGGUGAACGCCCUCCUGGGAGCCAUCCCCUCCAUCUUCAACGUGCUGCUGGUGUGCCUCAUCUUCUGGCUCAUCUUCAGCAUCAUGGGGGUCAACCUGUUUGCCGGCAAGUUCUACCACUGCGUCAACACCACGUCGGGCGAGCGCUUCCCCGUGGCCGAGGUCAACAACGCCAGCGAGUGUGCGGCGCUGCAGGAGGCCACGCAGGAGGCCCGCUGGGUCAACGUCAGGGUCAACUACGACAACGUGGGCAAGGGCUACCUGUCCCUGCUUCAAGUGGCAACGUUCAAAGGUUGGAUGGACAUCAUGUACGCUGCUGUUGACUCUCGAGAGGUGGAGGAGCAGCCGUCCUACGAGGUCAACCUCUACAUGUACAUCUACUUUGUCAUCUUCAUCAUCUUUGGCUCCUUCUUCACGCUCAACCUCUUCAUCGGCGUCAUCAUCGACAACUUCAACCAGCAGAAGAAAAAGCUGGGAGACAAGGACAUCUUCAUGACGGAGGAGCAGAAGAAAUACUACGAAGCCAUGAAGAAACUCGGUUCCAAGAAGCCGCAGAAGCCCAUUCCACGUCCCGCGAACUUCAUCCAGGGCUUGGUGUUUGACCUCAUCAGUCAGCAGUUCUUUGACAUCUUCAUCAUGGUGCUCAUCUGCCUCAACAUGGUCACCAUGAUGGUGGAGACCGACAACCAGAGUCCAGAGAAGGAGGACUUCCUCUUCAAGGUCAACCUGGCGUUCAUCACGGUCUUCACCACCGAAUGCGUGCUCAAACUCUUCGCUCUGCGCCAAUACUUCUUCACCAACGGCUGGAACGUCUUUGAUUUCAUCGUCGUGAUCUUGUCCAUCGCUGGCACGAUGCUCUCUGACCUGAUCGAGAAGUACUUUGUGUCACCGACUCUUUUCCGGGUGAUCCGGCUGGCCAGAAUCGGUCGGAUCCUGCGUCUCAUUAAAGGAGCCAAAGGCAUCCGGACGCUGCUCUUCGCUCUGAUGAUGUCACUUCCCGCCCUGUUCAACAUUGGCCUCCUGCUCUUCCUCAUCAUGUUCAUCUUCUCCAUAUUUGGCAUGUCCAACUUCGCCUAUGUCAAGAAAGAGGCGGGCAUCGACGACAUCUUCAACUUCGAGACGUUCGGAGGUAGCAUAAUUUGCCUCUUUCAGAUAACCACGUCGGCCGGUUGGGACGGGCUUCUUCUUCCCAUGUUGAACACAGAGCUUCCAGACUGCGAUCCAGACUUCGAGAACCCGGGCACAGAUGUGAGGGGCAACUGUGGCAGCCCGGGCAUGGGCAUGAUUUUCUUCUGCAGCUACAUCAUCAUCUCCUUCCUGGUGGUAGUCAACAUGUACAUCGCUAUCAUCCUGGAGAACUUCAAUGUGGCGCAGGAAGAGAGCUGUGACGCACUCUGUGAGGACGACUUUGAGAUGUUCAACGAGACUUGGGAAAGGUUUGACACGGAUGGAACCAUGUUCAUCGAGUACAGCCAACUUUCGGACUUUUGCGACGCCUUGCAAGAGCCGCUGAGGGUGGCCAAGCCCAACCGGCUUCGUUUGAUCAAGAUGGACCUUCCACUGGUCAUCGGGGAUCGGAUCCACUGCCUGGACGUCCUGAUAGCCGUCACGCAGAUGGUUCUGGGAGACACGCUAGAAAUGGUGGCCAUGCGGGAAAGCAUCGAGACCAAGUUCAUUAAGAGCAACCCCACCUCAGACUCCUUUGCGCCUAUUACCACCACCGUGCGCCACAAGGAGGAGGAAUGGGCCGCCACCGUCAUUAAGCAAGCCUUCAGGAGCCACCUGCUGAGACGCUGCCUGCGCUACGCUGCCUUCAUGCAGCGCUCCAAGAGGAGGGGCGUCCAGGAUGGAGAACCUCCUGAAAAAGAGGGACUGAUUGCACGGAAGAUGGAAGCUCUCUAUGGCAGCGACGCAUACCUUGGAAAGGAAAAGCCAUUAGAGACUCUGACAGCUGAGAUGGCGCCAGAAAGGCAAGACGGUAUUGAAGCCCAAAGGCCAAAUUUCCUGGUUAUACCUGUGGAAAUUACCAAUGAGGUGUUGCUACAUUCUGCCCCUGAUCGAAGCCCCAGAGAGUCAGUCGUGUAG